AGGGCGCACGAGCCAGGGAGGGCCUGAAGCUGUUAGUGGGAUGGUAACUGAUAAUUCCUUGAGUGGAUAGUGCUGGAGGUCAGUUGGUAUCUCUGAGGCUCGGGCACCAAGUGAUACAGUGCCCUGCAUACAAAGGUGCCCCCUGUCUCCCCUGGAGUGACCAACAGCUAUGUCCAGGGGCCCUUAGACGUUCCCCUUCUCGACAAAACUGUGGGCCAGUGCCUGGAGGAGACGGUCGAGCGGUUCCCCGACCGCGAGGCCUUGGUGUUCUGCCGGGAUGGGGUUCGGAGGACGUUUGCCCGGUUCAAAGAGGAGGUGGACCAAGCAGCAGCUGGGCUUCUGGCUCUUGGCCUGAAGAAAGGAGACAGGCUGGGCAUGUGGGGACCCAAUAAAUACGAGUGGGUUCUCAUGCAGUUUGCAACGGCCCAGGCAGGAAUCAUCCUGGUAUCUGUGAAUCCAGCCUACCAGGCCUCUGAGCUGGAGUUUGUCCUCAAGAAGGUUGGCUGUAAGGCACUGGUGUUCCCCAUGCAAUUUAAAACACAGAAAUACUAUGAUAUUCUGAAGCAGUCAUGUCCUGAGAUAGAAAAAUCCAGUCCAGGGGGAAUAAAGAGCAAAAGGCUACCUGACUUAUCCAUUGUUAUCAUGUUGGACUCCAAGCUGCCUGGCACCUUCCACAUGGAUGAAGUGAUGCAGGCUGGGGACAGCAGCCAGGUGAAGCAGCUAAGAGCAGUGGAGCAGACCCUGUCCUGCAAUGACCCCAUCAACAUCCAGUUCACUUCAGGCACAACGGGAAGCCCCAAAGGAGCCACCCUCUCCCACAGGAACAUUGUGAACAAUGCCCAUCUGAUCGGUCUGAGGCUGGGGAUCGCACAGCAGGACCAUCGCUUCUGCCUCCCUGCACCCCUCUAUCACUGCCUGGCGUCGGUGGGAGGCUGCAUGGUGAUGGCCCUGCACGGGUCCUGCUGCAUCUUCUCGUCUCCCAGCUUCGAGGGGAAGGCUGCGCUGGAGGCCGUGUCUCGAGAGAAAUGCUCCUUCCUCCUCGGCACACCGACCAUGUUCAUAGACAUGCUCUCCCAGCCAGACUUUGACUCCUACGACCUGUCAUCUCUCCAGGGAGGAAUCAUUGCAGGUUCUCCUGUUCCCCCUGAGAUCAUGAAGACAAUUAUGACCAAGAUGAACAUGCCAAAUCUCGUGGUUGCUUAUGGGACCACAGAAAACAGCCCUGUCACCUUCAUGGGGUUCCCCAAUGACAGCAUGGACCGGAGAACCGAGACAGUGGGAUACAUCUUCCCCCACACAGAGGCAAAAAUUGAGGAUCCAGAAACAGGGAAGUCUGUGCCUCUGAACACGCCAGGGGAGCUUCAGAUCCGCGGCUACUGCGUCAUGUUGGGCUACUGGAAUGACUCUGCCAAGACAAGUGAAGUGAUCACUGCUGAGAGGUGGUACAAGACAGGGGAUCUCGGGAGCCUGGAUGAGCACGGCUACUGCAAAAUUAUAGGCCGCUGCAAGGACAUGAUUAUUCGUGGUGGAGAGAACAUCUACCCAGCAGAACUUGAGCAGUUUCUCCACACCCAUCCCAAGGUUGAGGAGGCCCAGGUGGUUGGUGUGAAGGAUCCGAGGAUGGGAGAAGAGGUCUGUGCCUGCAUCCGACUGAGGGCUGGGCAGGACUGCACUGAGGAAGAGAUGAAGGCUUUCUGCAAAGGGAAGAUUUCCCAUUUCAAGAUCCCACGUUAUUUUGUGUUUGUGAGCCAGUACCCACUCACUGUCUCAGGCAAGAUUCAGAAAUACAAGUUGAGGGAGCAGAUGGAGAAGCUCCUUCAGCUCUGAGAUUGGGAAGGCAGAGCAAAAUCUGGGAUAAAUCAACUGGAGGACCAGCAGCUCUCAGUCUGCUUUUCACCUGUGCCUGCUACGCAGUGGAGACCUUCUCUCCCUGACAUCAGGCUGAUGGCACUUUUAGUCAAUAAAACAGAGCGCCUUUUUUUCCCA